AUGGAUGAAGACACCUUCCAUAAGAACUUCAGUCAAGAGCUUAUGCCGCACAAGACCUACCUGUGCUACGAGGUAGAGCUCCAGGAGGAUGACGCCUGGAUCCCAGUGGACGAGUUCAAGGGCUUCCUGCGCAACCAGGGCGCUGACACACUGGAGCCCCGCUGCCAUGCAGAGUUGUGCCUCCUGGAGCUGAUCCCGUCGUGGGAACUGGACAAGGAACGGCACUACAGGGUCACUUGUUUCAUCUCCUGGAGCCCCUGCCCUGACUGUGCCAGCCAACUGGCUGCGUUCCUGGGCAAGAACAGCCAUUUGAGCCUGCGCGUCUUCGCCUCCCGCAUCUAUACAAAACUUGCUGGAUAUGAGACUGGGCUGCGCCAACUGCAGGCAGCUGGGGCACAAAUCACCAUCAUGACCUCCGAGGAGUUUGAGUACUGCUGGAAAACCUUCGUGGACCACCAGGGAACACCCUUCCUCCCCUGGGCUGACAUGGAUGUAAAUUAUCAGAGACAAUCUAUGACUUUAGAGACCAUUCUCCAGAAUCAGGAAAACUGAUGGCUGGAUUUCAAUCUCUCUAAAGAAGGCAGAAAACUUGUGUUGAACAGCAGAAUAAUACCCUUUCUUCAAGAAAUGGAACCUCCCUAUUGGCCACCAUCUCCAGAUUGAUGCAAAGAAACCGGCGAACGGCAAUGAGCUCAUAGGAAAUUGUUUGUGUUUUUUUUUUUUAAUCUAAUAGAUUUACUGUCAUUUAUAAUCCAUGUUGUAUUCCAAAUAUACACCAGUAAGAUUAUUAUCAAUAGUAUCAGAACAGUAUUUGAUGA